AUGCCGGAUAUGCUCUCGCGACUCUUCGAGAGAGAGGUCCACCUAGAAUCAGGCCAACGGAUGAAGCUGGUCGAUGCUCUCCAUGGUGGUCCUGGUAACACUGGUGACUUCCCCGAGAUCUUCUCAGAGCCGGAAGCUGAAGGAGUAGGCCUGUCUUGGAUCAUGAGAUCUGAGGGGGCGGAGCUGAUGGAUGAAGAUGCUCAUGAUGUGGACAUUUACACUCUUUUGAGUGCUAUGCCUUCUACAGAGAGUUUCCUUGCCUGUUGUGCAGCCGAUUCCGCUGCCGAUGAACAACAGCCGAAGCCAUUUAUCGAGACUCUAUGUGGUUGCAAUUGGGAUGUGAAUGGCGUCCUUACCGAUUUCCUCUUCCUGCACAGAGUUUUCAAUGCUCUGAGGCCGUCUGCGAAGAGAGUUGAGGAUGUCCGACUCGAGGCCGAUAAUGUCAACUACCUUGUGAGAUCUCUGCAGCAGCAGAUGAAGCCUCCUUUUCUGUCGUGUGCCGGCCCGUACGUACACGAUGAGACCGCAGGGGUGUAUUGUUUCCGAAACGGCUCUGCAGACGGUGGUUGUACCUACUUGCCUGUUAUCCCGAAGGAUGAGUGUUGUCGUGCGUUUCGAGCAAAGAUCUGUCUCGACUCGCACCGGCUGAGCAAACACGGAAAUGUCCGCUCGACUGUGGCAUCUGUGUAUGAUCGGUUCUACUUGCCUCGCCUACGUAUGGAUGUUCGCGCCUUGGUAAAGCACUGUUUCGUUUGUCAGCUCAUCCGAGCUCGUCGUACGUGGACUCAGCCACCGGGUGCUGGACCUCAUCGCACCCAAGCCACAGCGUGGGAACCGUACCACGAUGUGUUCGUCGACGUCCUGAGCCUUGGAGAUAUCAAAGGUUGGUCCGGGACGACCAAGGUGCUUACCGUCUACUGUCUCCAUACCUUCCACUCCACUUGGGUUCCGACUGGCGAGACCACGAUAGACGUCUGA